GCUCGCAAGGUUUCAUAAGCUUUCGACUCAAGAACGAUGAACUGGGCCACGCGGGUGAUACUGUUCACAGCGCUGGUAGCAGGCCUCAUCUCCACUACUGCAGCACAAAGUGGCUCCGGCUCAACUGUUACGUGUCUGACGUCGCAGUACUUGGACAAGACAACGGGCGAAUGUGUCAACUACACCGGCCGUGGUCAAAAGGCUGAGACCGACUACGGUCAAGCGGUUGAUUCUGGCAACACAGCAUGGAUGUUAAUGUCCAGCGCUCUGGUAAUGAUCAUGACACCGGGAGUCGCUUUCUUCUAUGCCGGUCUGGCCGGUGAAGAAAUGGCUUCCAACACCAUCAUGAUGUCGUUCGUCAGUAUGGCACUAGUGUCCAUCCAGUUUUGGGCUUUCGGCUAUUCCGUGGCUUUUGGAUCCAACGGGAUGUUCAAGUGGACUGGAUACAACAACGUGGGGCAGACUCCGAGUGGCACGUACGGCACUGAGGUCCCGCACAUCCUGUUCGCGUUCUUUCAGACCCAGUUCGCCAUGAUCACACCUGCUCUUCUCAGCGGAGGCAUCGUCGGCCGAAUGAAAUACAACUCGUUCCUGAUCUUCAUCUUCCUCUGGACUUCGCUCGUGUAUGACCCGUUGGCUCACUGGAUGUGGUCGCUGAACCUUGAUAGCUCAUGGGCGAUUACCGCCAUGGGCUGGGAAGCUAAGAUGGGGUCUCUCGACUUCGCCGGUGGCACUGUUAUCCAUAUUUCCAGCGGAUUCGGAGCCCUCGCUGCUGCUCUCAUGGUUGGUAAGCGUUACAACCACGGCGAACCCGUGAAGCCCCAUAACGUACCGCUGGUCAUGAUCGGAGUUACGUUACUGUGGUUCGGCUGGUUCGGCUUCAACGCUGGCUCAUCGGGUGCAGCGGAUGGUAUCGCUGCCACGGCUGCUAUCAACACCCACUUGGGCUCGAGUGCGGGGUUCCUGACGUGGGUAGGACUCGAGUACGUCUCGUACAAGAAGUUCGACCCUUGCGGAGCUGCUAGUGGUGCCGUAGCUGGCUUGGUUUCGAUCACUCCGGCCUGUGGUUACGUGUACCCUUGGGCAUCGGUAGUGUUCGGCAUGAUAGGGGCAGCUACAGGCUUCGCUGCUAUCCAGAUGAAGAAUUAUUUGCGUUACGACGAUACUCUCGACUCCUUCGCCAUUCACGGCUGCGUUGGCGUAAUGGGCGGCCUGUUGACGGGUUUGUUCGCCACGUCCGAUGUGAACCCGAACAUCGACGGCGGAGCCUUCUAUGGAAACAGCGAACAAUUUCUCCACCAAUUGAUCUCGCAGUGCGUAGCUGCAGCGUACUCUUUUGUGGUGACGAUGAUUAUCCUGUUCUUGCUCAAAAUCACGAUCGGCCUUCGCGUGGAUGAAGACAAGGAGGUGAAUGGUAUUGACAUCACGUACCAUGGCGGUCUCGCGUACGACUACAGGACACAGGAUUACACGGCGAAGGCGGACAAACGGGCCUCGAGUGAGUUUGCUCUGAUGGGUGCUCCAACUCUUGCCCCUUUGUAAAUGCCUUAUCAAACGAUAUGUCCGCAUUUACUCUUAGGACUACAAUAAGAGUACAAAAUGUGUUAACGCGCAUAGGAAACCACACUUAUUUGAUAGAUUUCAAUGUUACGUAGUAGUGUUUCAUUUCACCGG